AAACAAUGCCGGACUGGACGUGGUUGGUGUUAGCGGCUCUGUUUGGUGCACUAUCAGCACUGGCGGUGCCGCUGCUCGUCAUCUUGUACUUCGUACGACCCUUCGAGAAGAAAUCAUCCGUUGAUGAACAAUACUGUUUACCAGUUACAUUGCCACCUGAGAUCUUGAACGAGUUGACACGUGGAGCGGGUUGCACUCCAGAGGGCGCUUUAAACGCAAUGCUCCAGUUCAUCUUCCAACAGAGCACGGCGGAUACGCGAUGGUUACGACGGCGCAUGGCCACCGAACUAGCAGAGCUCCUCGCCAAAACAUCCUCGGGGAAAAUAUUUGAAUCACUGACACUCCGUUCCCUCGAGGUUGGUACAGAGUUCCCAACGAUUACAAAUCUGCGCCUUCUUAACGGUGAACUGGAAGACGAUGGCGCCAGGCUCCGAUCUCUCGACUUAAAUUUCGAUAUUGCAUAUGAUGGAAACUUCAAGAUUGACGUGGAUGCAGUUAUGUUACUGGGAAAAAUAGCAAAUAUUUCUAUUACAGUUGAAAGCAUAAGUGGGAACGUACGGGUUAUGUUCAGACGCACACCGUAUACACAUUGGGCACUGGCAUUCGAAACCCAGCCUAAGCUGGAACUUCGUGUACGUGGUCGCUUUCAGGGGAGACAGCUCAAGCCUAGGCUGGCAUCAUUAGUUGCUGCACAUAUAAGACGAGCUAUCGCGCAAAGGCACACGCUGCCUAACUAUAAGAUACGAUACAAGCCAUUCUUCCCCAAGUCAGAACCAGGUAGUGUAGAAGGGGAGGACGGACCGACACCACAGGGACGCCUGACCGUGCGAUUGAUGGAGGUUACUCGUUUACAAUGGUCGGGAGCAAACGGAACCGUGCGGGCCGCACUAGCUGUCGAUUCACAUGGUUGGGUGUCCCUUAGGCGUGGAGUUCUAGUUCUGGACAUAGUGUUACCGGCUGUGACAGGACCUCUCGGGCUAGUGUGCUGUCAAGGAGUAGGAGUGGUGUUGGUGGACACUGUGGUCCCCAUGUCACCCGCAUACCGCGCUGACUUGAGAAGAGAUGACAUCGUAUUAGCCAUAGAUAACAAGCCGGUGAACAAUGUUGCACAAGUAGGUAAAUUACUAAAAUGCGUGGACCGUCGCGCGGUGACGGUGCGGGUACGUCGCGGCGCACGGCGUGACGACGCACUCAUAACCAGCGGUCUGGCAGCCGGCGCCUCCGCUGCCAGCACCGAGCCGCGCCGCUUGCGCACAAACUUCACCUUCCGCCGCGUCUCCGAAGUUAUGGAAGGAGUCCGGCUUCAGGGGAUGAAGGCAGCCACGUCUAGAACUAAUUUACAUGAAUCAGAUUCUCCCUCUAAACCAGCGGAACCACAAAUGGAAACAGAAAGUCAGCCAAAACAAAAAGGAGAACUGACGAAGCAACCAUCAAAGACAUCAGACUCUACUGGGCCUGGCAAUUUUGGAUUAAGAAAACGAAGAUGCUCAGUAGAAAAUAAAUCUUCCGACAGUUCUGCGGGUAGCACACCACCAGCAUCGGGGGCUAGCACCCCUCUUCGCCAAGUUACUACUGUGAACAAAACCGUCAAACACCCAGAAAUACCUAUUAUCCGAACCGACUCCUCAGAAUGCAAAAUAUCGGAAAAAGCCGAUAUAUUGGACGAUGAAGACCCAAUAUUUGAGACAGGAGGACCCAGGCAGAGCGAGCACGUAGAAAUCUGUCAGAUGUUUUGGACUAAGAGCAUACAGUUGAAACCGAUAAUACCUUUUGAUGAGGAGACUGAUUUCAAGUUAAACGAGAAUCACAAAUAUUUGAAUAUAAACGUUUGGGCCACUGUACCUGGUGAAAAAGACGAAGUGCUAUUAGGAUAUUUGAAUAUACCAUUAUCAGCUCUAUUAGCUGAAUGUCAAGAUUCCACUGUACCUCAUCAUAUGAAGAGAUAUCAAUUUCUACCGCCAGAUGUUGACAUAAAAUUUAGCAAAAGUCACAAAUUAUCAUCUCACCCGGGGUUUGAACCGUGUUUGUGCUUCGGCGAUGCUUUGGUCUGGUGGGAAUGGGAGGGAGUAGGUGGCGUCCGGUCAUCAAGCCGCGCUGCGACUCGAGAAGCGGCGCCGCCCCGACCACCGAAACCAACGCGUGCUACACACGAUUUUGUACGCACACAUUUCCAUCGAUCGACGCAGUGCGAUUUUUGUAACAAAAAGAUUUGGCUGAAAGAUGCAAUGCAAUGCCGCAACUGUGGUCUGUGCUGUCACAAAAAAUGCGUCGCCAAAUGUCAAGAGUCCUCGCCGUGCAUACCUAAACAAGAUCAAGGGCUUAAUUGUCCACCGCCGGAGGUCAUUAUGACGGAACCUGAUGCCGAUGCCGAUUCCGAUGAUGAACCUGAAAGAAAAGACUCUUUGGAUGUUCACGAAGAAGGCGGUGGAGCGAUGAGCGCGCUGGUUGCUGGAUUGCGACGGGCGGGCUCAGCCCACUCCCUGUCAGCACCCAAGACUUGCGCAUCCUCGCGCUCCUUGCCGCCAUCUCCGAGCCACACUCCCAGGAAGCAGUCUCUGGAGGCGGUAGGCAACCCGUUCGGCGGUUGCGGCGCCACGUGGCUCCAGAAGGGGGGUGUGAGCGCAAUGCUGCAACCAGCAUUACGCAGCGCCCUGCCGCCGGACGCCCUGUUGGCAGCUGCCAGGGACUCCGCACCUGAGCUUGCCGCCAGGCUCUCGGCGCAGCAAAUACAUGAAAUGCUUCAAGCAGUUCGCGAGGAGUUAUCAGCGGAUGACGCAGGCGGUGCUGGCGAGGACAGCGGGGAAGGGCGAGCGUGCGCACUCACCGCUCUCAUGCUGCACUGCUGCGCCGCAGCACAACUAGCCCAGCAGCGCGCUGAACCGGCACCCACUUGAU